CUUGUCAAAGGCCACCGAUCACAAAUUACAUCACAGUCGCGCCCACGGACGCAGACGCAAAUUGAUGCCGGGAGAAUCCGUCUCCUAAAUAAUAAAUAAAAUCACCGGACAUUUUUCUCCAUCUAACUUAACAGAGAUAAUUAGUUACCACAAUGCUCCCUUUCAAGAGAACUUUUGAGAGCGAGAAGCACCAGCUGCAGGAGCUCAACAGCAGACUUGCCCAGUAUCUAUCCAGAACCAAGCAGCUGGAGCAAGAAAACGCGCAUCUCAUUGCUGAAAUAAAUAAACUGAGACAGGUGAGGACUACCGGAUGGGAAACUAAGUACAGGGCUGAGAUGCAGGACCUGCGGAGAAUGGUGGGGGAGCUGUCGUUUGAAAAGUCCCAGGCUGAGAUGGAGAGGGAGAAGCUAUGGCGGGAGUUGCAGAUGAUCCAGAGUCUGUGCAGCGAGCAGACCGAUGUGUGCCGGGACGUCAGCGGCGAACUAAAGAACUGCGAGAAGGAGCUUCAUCACGCUCACAAAACCAACAGCGAACUCCAGCAGCGGCUGCUGCAACUAGAGAACGAGUAUAAACGCUUAGAGGAUGCACACAGGGAAGAGGUGAGCCGCCUUUGCCGUCAGGUGGAGUCCCGAGUGGCACCCAUCAUCAGGCAAACUUAUCGUGGGCCUCCGGUGGUCUCCGUGGAAGAGGUGCAGGAGUAUGCCCAUGGUAUGUCCGAAGGAUGGAUUCAGACAUUCGAAAUGUACCAGAAGACGGUAGAAGACAUGGAGCAGUCAAUUAAAGCGGACCAGGCAAUGCUGAACGACAUGCAGAGGGAAAAGAUGCUGUAUGCGUCUGAGUUGGACAAAUUACGCACGGAGGCAGAAAAACAAGGGCAGAUUCAAAUGCGACUUGAGGAGCAACUGAUGCACAUGCAGGAAAAAUUCCGUGUGGACUUCAGUCAGUAUCAGAUGACUAUUGAACAGCUGGAGCAUGAGAGGAAUGUGAUGGCUGACGUUAUAGCACAAAAAAUGAGAGAGCAUCAGCAGCUUCUCCAGGUGAAGAUGGAUCUGGGAAUGGAGGUUGCUGCUUACAGGGCUCUUCUGGAGGGUGAGCGAAUCAGUCUGCAAGAUGCUCAUAAGCGAGUGAACCAACAUCAAAGAGAAAGAAUAAUAGAUAUCAAGAUGCCUGCCCAACGCUAUACUCCAAGAGUUUCCACCUUAACUACCAAACAGCACACGGAUAUCAGGCACACGCCAUCGACUUCAAGCCUGAGAAGAUCCCCCAUGCCUUCCUCUGGGUCCAUAAGUCCGUCUAGGGUCAUCCCUAUUUCAGUUACAGGAAGAGCUCGCCAUCAGAGUCCGGCAUCCAGAAGGGAUAUGAUCUCAUUUAACAAAGCUCGAGCAGCUGCUUCUGCCUCUGCUACUACCAUUACCACCACCAGUACUACAACCAAAGAUAAACAAGCAGGCCAUAGUGAAAACAAAGUCAGUCAGAGUGUACCAAAAAGAACAGCAGAAGAGCAAACUGUGAAACUCAUCUGGCUCCCACACACAGAGGGCCAGAUGAGUCCUGACAAGUCUUCUACUCCUGAUACCAAAUCAGUAAGAGUGGUGUCACCAUCAAUGAAGAGCCUAGUUACGGAAACCGAGACAGAAAGCAAGAAGUAUGUGUCAGAUGAAAAAGAAAAAGGCCCCGUUGUCGACGGCGAGGUCAAAGACAAAGGAAGAACAGAGUCUACAAUAGGCCCAGCUGAGAAAAAGAUAUUAGACUCUGUGUCUGUAGAAGAAAUAAUUGAGAAAGUGAUAAAACCAGCAGGUUUGGAAGCCAAGGUCUGUUCAUCAGGAGAUUCAAAAGUCAGAUAUCACGUGGAGAAAACUGAGCAGGAGGAUGGCACGACUAAAACACAGAUCGUGCUGGAGUCUAAAGUGGAGGAAGAGCUGGAUGUUUCUCAGGACUAUGCCCUGGAAGAACUGUUGAAACAAGGUGUGAAGAAAGUGUCACUAGAGGACAUCAAGGACACAGCAACAGGAAGCAUGGUCAAGAACCUGCUGAGUGGCUUGCAGGGAGGAGAGGACUUACAGAAUAAGUCAGUCAAUGUGGAAAUCAUCGAGGAACCAGUGGAGUCUUACAGUGAUGAAGAACUUGAGGCUGAGCAGAAGUCCGGGUUGACUUUUCAUCAGCCUUCGGCAUAUUUCCAAGUUGAGGAGCCAGAAAAUAUCCCUCAUGGCAUUCAAGAUAGCAGGGGGGAUGAUAAUGUCAUGAAAUCCAACACAGAUGAGUCAAGGUUUGGAUCUGUACAAGUCCAAGAAGUCUCUAGAGAGAGUGAAUCACCACAUUUCUCCCAUGAUCAAGAGUCUCAUGAGUAUUUUGUCUCAACACCAGAUGAAAAUCUUUCUGAAUCUGAGGAGGGUGGUGGGAUAACCUCAUAUGGCCAUUAUGGAAUUGUAGAUGACCUGUCGGAUGAGAGGUAUUAUCAAGAUGAUGGCCUUCCCCAGAAAAAAGUGACUGUAGAAGAAAGUGAUGAAUAUGAGUUUAUGUCAGGUGGCCGGUCGUUUGCCAAAGAGAGUUUUCCAGAGUGCAUAAUAGAAGAAGAGGUUCGGGUCUCACCUAUAGUGCAAGAGUCAGUGCUUGAGUACCUGAGAGAAGACUCUUUGGAGCCCAAAGAGCAGCUGAAAGGAGCUCUUGAGAAGCUACAAAGUUCAGUGUCAGGACCACUGAAAGAGGAGUUAGCUUUCCUCACCAAAGUGAGUAGUGAAAGUCCAGAGAAUGUGGCCGUCGAUGUCAGAAGAGUGGAACAGUCCACUGACAAUGGAACCAUGACUAUAGUUGCAGAGCUAAAUGUUUCUCAAACCCUGGAAGAAUCUGGGCUGCUGGAAGGAGAUGAACUGUCUGAAGAUCAGAUCAUGGCAGCGCUCAAGUCUUCUAACAUAGGGAUCGAGAAAGCCUUCCAGAGUGGGGCGGGAGGAGGAUACAGCAUUAGAGUUUCUAGGGAAGAUAAUGUUGCUCAUAGCGUGGAGUACGGCGACUUCAGCGACAAAGGAGAAUCUGCAUCUGAAAUCAGUGAGAAACAUUUUAAACUGGGGCCAUCAGACAAGUCAUUUUCCUUCCAGAUGGAUGUACACGGUGGCCAUGAUGAGGCUGCCUCAGAGCAAGAGCUGCAGCCUCCAGUCCUGGAGAUGCCAGUGAAGAUUUCACAGGAGAAAAGAAUCGCAACAGUUUACCUUGAAAGCCCUUCCAAUGACUAAGAACUAAAUCUGAUUAUUUUUUUCAAAUUGAAUAAUUGCCAGUGCAUUAUGGUAUGUUUACUUAAACAUACAAAGCUUAUACUAAUGGUGAUUGCAGGAACUGUAUUCAUGCUAUUUUUCAAGUAAACAAGCGUACUUAUAAUCCAUAAGACUAGAUUACCUAAAACAGAGUACUAGCUAUUUAGUUAAAAGUAUCUGAUUUUCAUAUAUGAAUUUUUCUUUUUGCUAUUGACUGCAGAGAUCCCAUUACUGAAAUACUCCAUACUAACUACUGUGGGCUAGAUUGUGUAAGGAUUGAAACAUCUACAUAUUGUAGCCAUAUUUAAUGGUAGGCAAUGCUGUGUGCUGUACUAGUAUGUUUGGCUUUUCAUAAGGUGCAGUUUGAAUAUCCUUGAUUAUUCUCUUUAUAGUGCUUCAUUUUGUACUAACCUACACUUAACAGCUUAAACAGCUCAUUAUACAGUUUACAGCAUAUAAUCCACCCAGCCAUCAUGUCGUGGCUGUACUUGCCAUGAUGUUAAGUCUCCUUGGUCAGCAUUUAUUCCUCUCAAGGUGCUGUGCACUGUUUGCAGAGUAGGGCUUUAAUUUUUUAUGUUUUGAGCACCUCUACAAAAUGGAAUGAUUUUAGUACACAGCACAUGCUGGAACACAGUGGUUUAUAUUAACAAGUCAUUGCUAACAUGUGUACAAGACUGUUGACCUUGUGACUGAGGAUAAUAUCAUGAGAGUUUUAAAAAAAGAUCUAUUUGCUUUAGAAUUUGUCUUAACAAAGCUCUUGUGAAGCUUAAAAGUGGUGAUUGAAUACAUAGCAUAAUGGCACAUUACAUAUUUUGAUUUCUUGGGGUUUCUAGGGACGGUGUGGAGGUUAGCACUGUUGCCUCACAGCAAGAACUUCCAUAGUUUGACUCCACCAUCUGGCUGGGGACUGUCUAUGUGGAGUUGGUUAGGUUAACUGAUGAUUCUAAAUUGCCCAUAGGUGUAAAUGUGUAACUGUCCCGCCACUCGCCCUAUGAUAUCAGGGAUAGGCUCCAGCACCCCCCAAGGGAGAAGCAUGUUUUUAAAAAAUAAAACAAAAAGUCUAUUUUAACAUGUGCCAAACAUUUGUAAAUUGCAAACAGUUAAAAUUUUGUUUUGAGCAUAUAAGUGGGGGUAACACUGCAUUUGGAAUUCUAAAUGGUGCCAUUUAGAAUUCCAAACAUGGCUGUCAGGUUGAAAACAAUAUCCUGAUAAAACGAUUAAAGUAGCAGCAGAGGUGUUUUGCAUUAAAAGGACGUUGCAGUGAUGAAAACGUAAUCACACAUAGGUUUGAUCUUUGUCAUGUAUAGCACUUAUGGCUUGUCCACAGCUGUUGGCUUUCAGUGUUGGCUUGAAGGAUUCAACUUUGCUCUGACCUAUAAGUGUGUUUAUAACCGCACCUAUUUUUGGAUCAUCAGCUUAGCAUUGAGUGUUAACUAGAGUUUGUUGUGUUGUGUAUGUGUUACAGAGACAGAAAUGAAAUAGCAUGUGUUCCGUCUG